UAUUUUUUAUUUUCACUCUUCAUUUUAUGGUGUGAAGUGCAGACUGCGUGUACGCACAGCCCGGACUCCAUAGCCUAGGAGCUCGAUCUCUGCAAAAGCUCCCAUGGCACUGUUCUUCACCUCUCCCUCUUCCCUCUUUCUCCAAAACCCUAAAACCCUCUCAUCUUCCUCCCCAUGUUCCCCAACCCCUCCUAUCUUCUUCUCCCCAACCCCAUUACCAUCCCGGACGUCAAUAACAAACGUUCGAUUUUCCUCCAUUCGCUACUACUCCUCCUUCUCCGGAGACCCAGACCCUUUCUCCGACAAGCCCUCCACGAACGCCGGCAAAAACCCUCCUCCGGACUCUCCCGCCGAAUCCCCCGACGAUAUUGACGCCGUCGAUGCUGCCCCCUCCGGCAUCCCCGACGAAUGGGGCGAGAAAUCGGAGCCGGAGACUUCCUAUACGAAGCUAUCGGAGGCGGAUCCUGCUAAGGAAGAUGAUGAGUGGGGAGGGGAUGAGGAUGUUGCUGUCGUGGGUGGGAAUGGCAGUACGGUGGGGGCAGUGAGGGAAGACAAGCUUGGGGGGUUGAAGAAGUGUUUGGUGGAUACUGUGUAUGGGACUAAUUUCGGGUUGCAGGCGGCGGCGGAGGUGAGGGCUGAGGUUUCCGAAUUGGUUAAUCAGUUGGAGGUGGCGAACCCAACUCCGGCGCCGACAGAUGCUGCAGGGCUUCUUGACGGGAACUGGGUUUUGGUGUAUACAGCAUUUUCUGAGCUGUUGCCAAUUCUAGCAGCUGGCACUACACCUUUGUUGAAGGUUGAAAAAAUAUCUCAAGCAAUAAACACCGGCAGCCUCACCAUAGAGAACUCUGCUUCCCUGUCCAGUCCUUUCCUAACUUUUUCCUUCAGUGCAUCAGCUGCUUUUGAAGUUCGAACUCCUUCAAGAAUUCAGGUUCAAUUUAAAGAAGGGACAUUGCAACCUCCAGUGAUAAAGUCAAAUGUUGAUCUGCCAGAAACUGUGGAUGUCUUUGGGCAGAAAAUAACAUUAACCCCUGUGCAGCAAUCUCUCAACCCUCUGCUGUCUUCUCUCACAAGUCUAUCGCGUGCCAUUUCUGGUCAGCCUCCUCUUAAAAUUCCCAUCCCAGGCAAUCGGACUCAGUCUUGGCUUCUUAUUUCAUUCCUUGACAAGGAUCUUCGGAUCUCGAGAGGGGAUGGCGGCCUUUUCGUGCUUGUUAAAGAAGGAAGUCGACUUCUAGAUCAGUAGCCACUGGCCAGGAUGGACAGGGUUUCAGAAUGGAGAUUUCAAGCAGACAGGGUGCAGUUCUAACGGUAACAAGAUAUGCCCAUGUCGUAUGUGAUGUGAUGCAGGAAGCCAUCCUCUUGAGUUGUUGUGCAAAGAUCAGCUAGGUGAGAUGUUUCUACCAUGGCUGCAGCCACCAUUUGCUUGAUUUUUGGGAUUUUCCAUUCAUUUGGGGAUAAAUCGUUCUCUAUGAUCCUUGGUUAGGGUAAGACGCCAUUCUCAAUUUUGUUAAUUUUUCACAUUUUCUCGUGAGUUAAUUGUAAUUUUUUUUUAUUUUUCUUAUUUUAUUUCUUUUUAAGACUGAUCAUAUCCAUGCUUCUAAUGCUAGCUAGGUUUAUCAAUUUUAAAGAUUGUUAUGUAUUUUUCAAUAUUUGGAUCUUGUGUUUUUCUUCAAAUUUACUUGAUAGUUUAGUUAAGAUUGUUUGUAAUCACUUAUAAAAAUGUGUUUUUUUUUAAAGUAAUAGUCAGUGCUUAGUAAUAAAAAAAAAAAAUUUAACUUUUUGGUUACAUA